AGUUGCAGCACCGGGGGUCGUGCAGCAGUUUAGUGCUCUCAUCAAGGUGUAUCCGUGUGAAUGUCCACGUUGAGCAAAGUGCAAGGUCCUCUCCGGGCUCAGAUAUGAGCUGCGAGCAGCUCUAGCACCAGCUCCUCACUUCACCUCUGCAGCUACUUCACUUCAAUGUGCCUUUUUACACUUUGGUUUUUAUAAGCUACUUUUAUUUUUGCACCGAACAUGUCGUGCCUGUUGCUGGGAGUCAUACGAAGACAUGGUGGUGUUGGAGCCAGUGUGGGGGUCCGGUCCCUGGCCUCCCUCCCCUCGCUGCCCCCGGCGGUGGCAGAGUUUGUGAAGGGAGCGGUGGACGAGUGCAAGCCUGCCGGCGUGCACGUGGUGACGGGGACGCCGGAGGAAACGGCCAACAUCCUGGCCGGGCUGGAGAGGGACGGGAUGGUCAAGAAGCUCCCCAAGUAUGAGAACUGUUGGUUGGCGCGUACAGACCCGAAGGACGUGGCUCGGGUGGAGAGCAAGACGGUUAUUGUGACCAAGAACCAGAGGGACACCAUCCCCAUCCCUGCUGCCGGGGCCAAGAGCCAGCUGGGCAGCUGGAUGAGCGAGUCCGACUGGAAUAAAGCCAGACAGGAGCGCUUCCCCGGCUGCAUGGCAGGUCGGACCAUGUACGUGAUCCCCUUCAGUAUGGGUCCUGUAGGCUCCACGCUCUCUAAAUAUGGAGUCCAGGUGACCGACUCCCCAUAUGUGGUGGCCAGUAUGGGCAUCAUGACGCGUAUGGGUUCUCCCGUCCUCAACAAGCUGAGCGAAGGAGUGGAGUUUGUCCGCUGUCAGCAUUCUGUGGGCCGACCGUUGCCACUUAAAGCCCCGCUGGUCAACUCGUGGCCCUGUAACCCAGAGAAGGUCCUGAUAUCUCACCUGCCAGACGCCAGGCGGAUCAUGUCCUUCGGCAGUGGCUACGGAGGAAACUCUCUCCUGGGAAAGAAGUGUUUCGCCCUGCGAAUCGCCUCCCGCAUCGCCAAGGACGAAGGCUGGCUGGCCGAACACAUGCUGAUCCUGGGGAUUACCAACCCUCAGGGCGUGAAGCGCUACGUGGCGGCGGCCUUCCCCAGCGCCUGUGGUAAAACCAACCUGGCCAUGAUGAAACCGUCUCUGCCAGGCUGGAAGGUCGAGUGUGUGGGCGACGACAUCGCGUGGAUGAAGUUCGACAGUCAGGGGAAACUGAGAGCCAUUAACCCGGAGAACGGGUUCUUCGGCGUGGCGCCCGGCACCUCAGACAAGACCAACCCCUACGCCAUGGCAACCAUCGCCAGGAACACCGUGUUCACCAACGUUGGCGAGACCAGCGAUGGCGGCGUGUGGUGGGAGGGUCUCGACCCGCCGGCAGCCGGAGUCCAACUCACUGACUGGCACGGAAACACCUGGCAGCCAGGAAGCUCGACUCCGUGCGCUCAUCCCAACUCCCGUUUCUGCGCUCCGGCGGCUCAGUGUCCCAUCAUCGACCCGGAGUGGGAGAGCGAGGAGGGCGUUCCCAUCGACGCCAUCAUCUUCGGUGGCAGGAGGCCUGAAGGAGUCCCUCUGGUCUACGAGUCUUUCAACUGGCAACACGGAGUCUUUGUUGGAGCCUCCAUGAGGUCUGAGGCCACGGCAGCUGCUGAGCAUAAAGGGAAGGUCAUCAUGCACGACCCCUUUGCCAUGCGACCGUUCUUCGGUUACAACUUUGGCGACUACCUCGCUCACUGGCUGAGCAUGGAGAGCCGAAAGGCCCCGACUCAGCUGCCGAAGAUCUUCCACGUCAACUGGUUCAGAAAGGACCCUGCGACAGGCGCCUUCCUGUGGCCCGGCUUCGGGGAAAACGCCCGCGCACUGGAGUGGAUCUUCAAGCGCUGCAGCCGGGAGAGGGAGGACGAGGCGGCCAAGAAGAGCAUUAUCGGCUGGCUGCCAGAAGAUGGAGCCAUCGACACUAAAGGUCUGAGCAGCAGUGUUGAUAUGGGCGCCCUGUUCCAUGUGCCCAAGUCUUUCUGGCAGAAGGAGACGAAGGAGUUGAGAGCGUACUUCAGUCAGCAAGUCGGAGCUGAUCUGCCGGCUCAGGUGGAGGCGGAGCUGAAGGCGCUGGAGGACAGAGUGCACAAUUAAAACCCACUGACAGCAAGUUCAACCAGAAACACCCUGAUGACUCAGGAUUCAGAUCAUUAGGGUCACUCAGAGUCACUGGCUGGGUUUACAUACACAGAGAUUAGUCCUGAAAUAUAAAAACAUAACAACUCAGAAGGAGAAACAGGUUAAUAACCUGAGAGGAUGCUGUGGCUUGUUGCUUUAUACAACAUAGGAUAUGUCCUGAAAUGUGAAGAUCACUCCGUUCAAAGGAAGACAUGUUUGUUCAAUCAUCAAAUAAAAAGCAACGUAUCAAAAAGACCAGUAACCAGGCCACUAGUUCACUUUCUCUGUGCAUGAAAACACAGCCAGUGACUCUUGUCUUUCUCUUUUAUCAAGAGAAAUCUGUCAGGAAUUGAAUGUCACAGAUAAAAAGCAAAUAAUCUUUAAUGCAUCUUCACAUGAAUGCUGUGGGGCUGGUGUUAUGUUGGUGCUAGGAGGAAGGUUUGACUCAACACGAAGGUUAGAUUUCUGUGAUAUUGUCAGAUUUAUCAUGUGGAGACACUAACGUCACUUCCUCCAUUCACUCCCAAGACCUGUCAUGGUACUAAAGCACAGAAACUGAUUAGUGCCUCUGGAAUAUUGAACAGAACAGUGUCUAGGCUGCUAAUGUUCACACACUGAAGCCCAGAGAUCUUUUUUUCUGGUCAAAUUCUGACAAAAGUAGAUCAAGUUUUAACAGUUUUAUUCAUUAAAGGUUUUAAAUUAAUUUUAGCACCAGCUCUUUAAUACACUAUGUCUCAUUAAACGCCCUUUAUUUUGAAUUGAUAAAUAUAAAAUAAAUAUAUUUCACAGGGCCAUUAGCUACUCAAAACAUUGUAGCAGAUUUCUCGUGGGGAUUACUAUGCAUAAUUCAUCUUGCCACUUUUGUAAUGUUUGUGAUUAACUUGUAUGAUUUCAGGUGAUGUUUACACACAAUAUGUGAAAUGUUGGACCAAUAAAUGCAACUGAGAUUAAUAGGUAUUUUUAGAAGUUGUAUGCCAUGGUUUUUAUUACAGUGCAAUGAAUAAAUAUCCUCAAA